AUCAUCCUCGCCCCGGAGCUGGAAGCUGCAGAUCAGAGGAGCAGAGGAGCAGCGAGCACUGCAUUCAUUCUGGAUCCGACACUGAGGAAACCUUUCUGGGGCAACACUUUAUCACUUUCUGAGAUUCGCUGUCACCCUCUGGGAUCUUACACCCUGUCCUCCCAGGAACUAGUGGCACUCUUUCCUUCUGCCUCAGCGCCUUCGCCUGCUUGGCAGACCUCAGACCAGCUCCUAGGUGAAAAGGUCAGACGGCCCCUGUGCAGACCUGACUGCAGCUCAAGGAUCAUCCUCACUUGUAACCAUGACAACCAAAUCCACCAGCAGUGUUCUGGGUGGGAAGGCUUCCUCCUCUCCUCUCUUGUCCUUUCCACCGCGCCAGCGCCUGGUCACCAAAGAUGGACACUGUGCCCUUAGUCCCCCCCUGUGUCCCUCAGGCUCAUGGUGCAGGGCCUCGGGCAGAGCCUGGCUGCUGGCCCUGCAGGACCUGUGGGGACUGUUGGUGGGUCUGCGCUGGAGAUGGGUCCUGCUGGCCUUCUGCGCCUCCUUCCUCGCCCACUGGCUGCUGUUUGCCUGUCUGUGGUACUUGCUGGCCCACCUGAAUGGAGACCUGGCUGUAAAGGACCAUGAUGCCCCCCCACAGGGGCAUGUGGUUUGUGUGAAACACAUUACCAGCUUCACUGCUGCCUUUUCCUUCUCCCUGGAGACACAGCUGACCAUUGGCUAUGGCACUAUGUUUCCCAGUGGGGACUGUCCCAGUGCCAUAGCACUGUUGGCUGUUCAGAUGCUGCUGGGGCUCAUGCUGGAAGCAUUCAUCACAGGUGCAUUUGUAGCCAAGAUUGCACGUCCCCAGAAGCGAGCAGGAGCCAUCCAGUUCAGCCCCCAGGCAUUGGUGGGCCAACACCAGGGCCAAAUUUGCCUCAUGCUACGAGCCACCAACCUACUGCAGCGACCUCUGGUGGACGUAAAGGUGAGUGCUGUGCUCUACGAGGAGCAUGAAGGUCAGACCCUACACCAGACUUCUAUGGACUUCCUCUUGGAUCAUCUAGGGCAACAACCCUGUCCCUUCUUCAUCUUCCCACUCACCUUUUACCACCCUCUAAAUCGCCAGAGCCCUCUCUACCCUGCCCUAUGUGAGGGUACGUCCAACCACUUUGAGUUGGUGGUCUUUCUGUCAGCCAUGCAAGAGGGAACUGGAGACUCCUGUCAGAAGAGGACCUCCUACUUGCGCCAAGAAAUCCAGUUUGACCGACGCUUUGUGCCAGCAUUGGGACUGGAUGCUCAGGGGAGGUACAUGGUGAGCACCCAGCACUUUGACACGGCCCACUCAAAAGAGCCUUUGAACAAGGAUUGUGUGGUGCAAAUCAAUGGAGAUGGCAGCGACAGGAUGGAGUAAGGAUGCCUCAUCUGGAGAGAUACGGAGUUUGAGUGGGAUUACUUUUUAUGAAGGGUAAUCGUGGGGCAAAUAUUUUUCUCACUACGUCAUUGAAAUUGAUGGAUCUGAAUUUAUGUUGAAACAUUUUAAAUUAAAAUGUUUACCAGACAUGGGUGACUCCCUCACUGGGAGUUCCUAAUGCAACAUCCAGUGUAAUGAUCACCCACUGGCGUCCCUCUAAUCAGUACUUCCGGUUGUGUUGGAUGGAAUGCCUGAAUACUGUUACAAAAUGUGUUCUAUUUUGUCAUUCAUUCAGUUUUAUAUAUUAGAAUAAAAUUAUGAUGAUAUACUUACCACGUGAAUAGCUAAGACCUCAAAACAUAGCUACACUGCUUAACCUUAAUCUUGAGGGACAAGCAACAUGAAUGGUCAGACCAUCAGACUGGUUGAUAACAAACUUCAUUGCAAGACAAACUCAUUUCAACAGUCGUAAAUCCCAUGAAAGUUUAAAGACCCACUUCAUGUUUCAACUUUGACUUGCUGCACUACUGUAGUUGUUUGUUGUGCAUAAUAUCACAAUAUCCCUGCAUUCUGAGAUUUCAGCAAUCACUAUGCUUCAUAAAGUCUUAUCAUACCUGAUGGAACCAAUGUUCAUAAAACACAGAUUUGAUUUAAAUGUUAUCAAAACAAAUUUGACCUUCAUUAUUCUUAAUUUUUGUGUGAGAUGUGACUGGAUCGUAAGGUCAGAGUAAGAACUGUAUUUAAGAAAUGUUUAGUUCAGUCGGGAUGGCACAAUCAAUUUCUAAUUAAGCUCCUGUUAUCAACAUUUUAUCAUAAAUAAUGAAACAAAUGACUAUAUCUAACAUGAGAGUAGGCAUUCAUAGUAUUGAACUAACAGAUGGCUAUCACAAAUUUGUUUUUUGGGGUCUAGUAGCUCAUAGUUUUAGCUUGACAGCAUAUUUUGUGUUUGAUUCAGUCUCUCUGCUAUCAUCAAUCUUGUUUCCAGUCACAGCUGCUGAUCUUAUUUAUUAUUAUUAUUAUUGAUAAUAAUAAUAAUAAUAAUAAUAUGAUCAUAAUAAUAAUAAUAAUAAAAGACAUUAAAGACAGUGUCCAAUACUUGCUUUGCAGCAAACAAUCAAACAAACAUUGUUACAGAGCAGCUGGUGAAUAAAGUAAAGCAAUUUACAGCUAAAGAGCCAAUUAUUUCCCCCAGGUGGUAAUGGAGACCAAGACAAAGCUAAAAGUGAGUUAAUACUGGACUGGAUUCAUUAGGUGGACAGCACUCCAGGUGUUCAUCAGGUUACUUGAGUGGCAUUUUAAAAAGAGAGGAAGACCUGCCAUGGCAAAUGGCAAAUGGCAACCAGGUGGAAUUGAACCAGUGGUCGCUUCAGGGGGACCCCCUUUGAAUCAAUCAAAGUGUUCAAAUAAAUUGAUAAAUGUAGCUUUAAGAAAACUACAAAUUUCAUUUUAACAUCCGUGUGGGUAUUUGAAAAUGUCUGACAUUUUUGACAAUCAUCUACAUGUUAUGCUCACUACUGUAUCUAUGCUUGAAUGAAGACAUAUUUGAUUGCAUUUUUAUUGGUUUGAAGUUUGAAGAAUGAAUCUGAAAUGUAUUCUGCCAUCAGUGUGAACUGUAAUUUUAUCAAAAGUUUUAUCAGUUCAGUUUUAUGCGCAAUUCAUUUUCCUAAUUCCACAUAGAAAGUAAAGAAUAUGGAUUUUGAAAAAAAUUUAUCAGGAUUGUGUCGAGACCCAGGCUCCAAGACAACACUGUGCUACUCACUAAACGUUGAAGUGAACAUGCUAACAAGCUCACAGUUAUAAUGGCUAAAGCCAAUUGUUCUCUGGACUUCUACCAUGUGUAGUCUUCCAGUCAUCACGUCAGGCUAGGGCAGAAGAUGAUAAAGAUUGGAAGGAAAAUUAAAAGAAUAUUACCAAUGCUAACUUAAAGAUGAAAGGAGAUAUAUUUUGCUUUUCAUAGGGGGUUUUUGUGUAUGUAAAAGGUAUGCAAAGUUAAAAAAAAAAGCCAAAAAUCCACAGUAUAGCUUCUCUCCCCGACAGAAAACACUGUUCCUGACACCUCUUGUAGUCUGGUUGUAAAUUCCAUAAUAUGGUAACAUCACCAUAUUACAGACAUUCAUAGCAGCUAGUCAGGCAUAUACCCCCAACAAAGCUGGGUAAAGCAAGAGUGAGAGAACUUCCUACACACGCUGGAAGAGGUUGGCCAAUCACAACAGAGUGGGCCAGCUGGCCAAUCAGAGCAGUCUGGGCUUCUUCUGGAGGGAGGCUUAAGGAGCUAAAACUGGAGCCGCAGGAAACUGAUGUUUUCUGAACAUAAGACAUGUAAACCUUUUAGAGUAAUAACCCCAAUCAAAAUUAUGAACCUGAAUAUGAGCAUAACAUGUCUCCUUUAAGUUUAUCAUGGUUAUCAUAUUAGUUUAGCAUGUUAGCCUUCUAACAUUUGCUUAAUAGCACGAACCAGAGUGUACAGCUGAGGUUGAAGGUAGUUUCAUGAGUUUAGCAUGUGGUCAUGAACCAAAGUGUUGUUCUUGUUAUGUAGCAAGGGAACCAAUUCUUGGACCGACCAAGAAAUAUACUGAUUCAAAGAUUAUAGUUUUUUGUGAAUGGUGUGGUUCUUAAAUUAAAUACAUUUGACAUAUUUUCCAUUUGAUAAGAUUAUUUUUUUUUUAGCUCCAUUAAAGCUUAAAAAACUCAAUCCCAGCCUGAACAUGAAAGUGAACAUGAAAUGGGAAGUUGUGGGAGCAUAAAGAACCAGUAAGGGACAGAGUGCAGUGACUCUUAAAGGAUAUUCAUGUUUCUGAUCAAGGAUAUGUCCAACUGAUGUUUAUGGAUCAGCAACAGAACUGACGGAUUACGCCAUAGACCAACAACAUGAGCUGACAAUGUCAACACAGCAUCUGAUGGUUCCAACUACAUUGAAAACUGUAUGGAAUCAAUACAUCUAUGCCUUAAAGUGGGCCACUGACCUAGCUUUGGGCUGACCUGCAUAAAAUGAUAUAGGGCUCCGUAGUGACUGAUAGAUUGACUGUUGAUUGUUUAAGGCUUUUAUUGAAAAAAAAGAAAAUCCUAAAUCAUUACACAAAGCAAAAAUGUAUGUAUUAUGUUUAAUUUGUGAAAUAACAAUGCCUCUAGAUUUAGCAAAGAUAGUUAGGAUGAAGUGCAGCAGUAAAUGUGUAUUUGGAUCUUGGGGUAUUUUCACUUUUGAAAGCGAGUUACAAUAUUGUUUAAAUACAAAUCAUGAAGCAACUUAUGACCUAAGACAGAAACGUUCCACUAAAUGUGACUGUAAAGGAUGAGAUCUCAGUGUAUCUCACAUGCUUCAGUUCCUUUGUACAGUGUACAUUACAUGAAAUAAAUAUUUUCUAAACAAG